GGUCGGUGUCUCGCCCUCGCUGCUGCAGCUAGUCCUCAAGGCGGAGCAACUCGCUAUACUCUGACGCGGUAGCAGCAGGGUGCUCUCAGAUGCGGCUGCUGUAAUUACGUGUAGCUGACAUCCGUGUGGUGGUUUGGGGGAUGCGGGAGUUAGUUAUAGUCAGCUGACGGGAGGAACGGGAGAGGCGACACUGAACGACGACAGUGAAGGGGGCGACAUCGUUCACAGUCGGUCAGGGGAAUGUAGCUAUAGGAACGCCAGUAACCAUGACAACCGACCCAAACUCGCACCUGGUGCGGACGUGGCUGUCCCGGAACAAUGACUCCUCCGAGGUUCUCCGGGCGUCUACUCGGGAUCUCCUGCGUCCCUUUGCCUGUUUCUUCAUCCUCGUCGGUGUCGUUGGCAUCAUCAGCAACAUCGCUCUGGUUGUCAUCCUCGUGCGCCGUCGUCUGCAUCAGCAAUCUGUGUUUCAGUUGGUGGCAAAUCUCGCCGUUGUGGAAGUCGUGCGGUGUAUGAUUGUUCUACCUUUGAUAUUAACUACAGUCUUUGUGAAGGACUGGAGACUCGGAAGCCUCCUGUGUUUCGUGUGGCCCGUACUACUUCCGUGCACCAUUCACGUGACAGUGUUUGGCCUUCUUGCACUGUUCGUAUUCCGCUAUUUGAAAAUAGUUCACAACGCUAAAAGCCCCAUUCCUGCUUGGACAUGUAACGUGACAUCAUGGCUAUUGGCGAUAGCAAUUCUAACGCCACAUGCAGCUUUUAAACGGUACAUAGAUUUACAUCCGGUGCUGGGGUCUGCUUUCAAAGGGAUCGGAAUAUGUGUGCUUCGUCCCGGUGCUGAGGAGAAAAACAAAGAAUAUGUUUUAAGUAUUUUCUUCGUGUUUUAUGUGGCUCUGUUCAUAGCAAUAAUGGUGCUAGCUGUUUUAGUUCAAGUGAGGAUUAAGUCACGUGAAAGAGAAUUUCCCCCGGAAACUAAUUCUUUUUCUAUGGAAAUGAACAUCCGGGUCAGUGAGAAAGAGGACGAUGAAGAGGAUAACCUCAAAUACCCAAAUUCUGCCAUGUUGGAAUGUGAAGAUCUCAAGAGUUCCGACGCCUUUAUGUUAGAAAAGCAGUCGGAAGAAUGUUGUAAGCAAACACCCGAACCGCUCCCCCAAGUUGACCAACCUGUAACCAGCAAGAAAACGAAGUUGAAGGAAGAUACGAGAAUGCAGAAGUUCCUUGGAUAUAUAACAGUUUUGUUCGCCUUACUCUGGCUGCCAUUUUAUAUUCACUAUCAGAUCGAGGCUCUGGCCGGAAAUGAAGAACCUGGAAAUUAUGUGUUGUAUCUGUCGCUUCUUCUGAUUGGCUACCUCGCGUCGUGGUCUCUACCAAUCAUGUUUUCUCUCUGGCAAGUUUCAAAGGCAACAAAAUACAAAAUAAAACAGUCUUUGAGUCCACUGAACUGGGGCACAAAAAGCGAAAAAUAAUGAACUACCCGAAUAACAACUACGACAAAGUCGUCAAGCGUCGCACGCAAUAUCAGUCCGGCUGUCGGCUUGACCAGUCAACAGGACUUGAGUUUUGUGAAUAGAGUUUUAGACACGUGUCACGAAGCUUGUUGGACAAAUACAUUCCAUCUAUAUGGACUCAAACGAUUUCACUGACGAUGACUCUUUACCCAAGUAUUCAAAUAUAAUUAACGAAGAGUACAUGAUAAAGUCGAAUGGAAUGUAAAAGAUUAAAUGAUAUUUUUAUUUAUUUAUUUUUCAAAUGUCAGAAAGAGUUCCCAGGCUACGCGAAUGGACCACUGACAUCAAUAUAUGUGUAUAUUGUCAUGACAUAUUUAUGUACAUAAUUAUAAGUUCUGCUCAC